AUGCGGCUCGACCCGUUCGGACUCACGGGACCACCUACGUCGAAAAAAUGGAGAGAGGAGGAGCAGGAGGAGGAGCAGGAGCAGCAGCUCUGGUUAUCGUCGUCGUCGUCGUUGUCGUCGGCCUCAUUCGUGGAGUGCGUACGGUCCGACCGCGCCGCGUGUCGUUCUUACGCGUCGUCCAGGUCGAAUCGCGAUUGCGUCGUCGACGACGGUGGCACGUCCGCCGCGCGGCACCAUCACGAGGCCCGAAACUUAUACCGAACCGGGCACGGACCCGAUGAGAAAGCCGGAACUGCCACUGCCUUUCGCAUCUCUCGCGAUUUCGCUUCGCGCGGCGCGGUGCGCGCGCGCACACGUGAUCGCCACGAGGAUCACGAGGAGGACGAUAACGAGGGGAGCGACGCGUUGCGCGCACGGACACGCGUUCUUCUUCGCGCCGUUCGUCCGUCGCCGCGACAACGACGGCGAGUCCCGCCGCGAUUCGCACGAAGAGCAAGAAGAAGGUCACGAAGAAGACGAGGGAGCGGAGCGAUCUCCGAGGACGGGCUCGACGUGGCCACCUCGGCCGUUUCUUUCGUCGACGUGCAUGCUUACACUGCCUAUAGCGAUGACAGAGACGACGAUGACGAUGGAGAAAACGACGGUGAUGACGACGAUGACAACGAGGGACGAGCGCGUUGCGAACGAAGGAGGAUCUACGGUGGGUCCGAGGAAGCCUACGAAUGCGAGCAUGACGGAAUUAGCGAUGACGACGCGCAUGCUAGUGCUACGGAUAAUCCGCGCGACGAAUGCGAGCAUGAAAACGCGAACGAGCACGCGUCUCGCGAGGACUACGCCUACACCGGGGAGGAUACGAGUAGUGGUGUAUCCAAGAGUGAUCAGUGGGCAUCGCAAUCUUCUUCGUUUGAUCGGAAGAAGGAUCGCGAACGCAUCGAUGGCUACGGUCGCGGGUACCCGACAGUGGACGAGAUGUUCGACGAGCGUGAACGAAGAGGAGGACGGUGUAGCGAGAGGAAACGUAGCCAUAACACUGCCUGGUUCCAAAAGCCAAUUACUAGGAGAAAAGGGAGAGGCGGAGGGGAAGAAGGAGGAGGAAGAACGGGGGACAAGCCGCGUGUACGCAGGAGCUACUACAGGCUGCUGCUGUUCGUGCUGUACCUCCUGGCGUGGCCCCUACUGUGCUCGGGCAGUCCCUCAGGUCACCUCGCCUCGACUUUCGCGCAGAACCCGACCCUCGCGCAUGCCAAGAAUCCCGCGCAACGGGGUAACACCACGCCGCCGGACACGUUGUUCUCGUCGCCGACGGUCAUCGAGAACCAAUACCAGCAUUCGCAACAAUACGUUCAGGGUAGCGAUUACAAUACCAAUAGCGAGCGUCCUCGUCAUCAACAGCAGCAGCAGCGGCACCCCUACAACGAAUACACCUGGGAGAUGAAUCAAAUGAAUCCCUGGCUGUCGGCCUGCGAUCUGGCGGGACCAGCGCCGACCGAUCUUCAGGGUAGCUGCGGAGCACCGCCGCCGGAGGUGCCCAAGCACUGCCCGAAGCCAUGCAAAAACGCUUCCAAGUGGAUCGAGGACGGAGGCGAGGGCGGCAGUCGACACGGUGGUAGCAUCGACGAAAAGAAGGGGGAGGAACAGUGCCUUUAUUAUCUCGAGGAAUCGCACAAGAAGAUCAUCUGUCAAAUGAGGAAUAAAAGUAAACUGCUGCGUCGGCUGCCUGAGCUGCGUCUACGGCACUGCUGUGAGCACUCGGUGUUCAACGCCCUGACGCCGGGCGAGGACGGUCCGCUCUACGACGUGCUAAACGGCGGCAAGAAGUGCGAUGAAGCCUUGAACAAGCUGUUGCUCGUUGAUGCCCUGGCUUCGAGGCUGCAUUGCGAAUUCGAGGAGGUACUGGCGCGCUACGAUUGCGCCCAGCCGUACUCCGUCAUCCACAACUGCACCCAUUGCAAGGAUGCGUAUAGGAAAUGGGUGUGCAGCUCCCUGGUGCCUUACUUUGCUCAUCGGAAUCUGACAGACGACGAAGUCAACAAAGAGAAAGACAAGAAAACCUUGGGAAGCAAAUGGAUCAGAUUAAGGCCCUGCCGAUCCUUUUGCCAGACCGUGGAGCAACGUUGCCCCUACUUCCUUCCGGGCGAUCGUGCCCCCGCAUACCCCACACAGUACGCCGGCGAGCCCACUUUUCUUUGCAGAGAUCCGAACAUCCCCGAGACCGGCGAGCAGGCCACGAGGGCGUUGCACGGCAUCAGUGACGACGAGUGCUGCUUUCAAGAGUGCCCCAAGAAUACCUCGAAUCUCUGCACCACAUGCAACCCAUGGAAACAGGGCCAGGUCCAGGAACUUAUUCCCGCGACGGCGCCCGUGUGCGAGCCCCCAGUGCAUCCUCCAUCUGGUUCUACAGGUCCGGGCUCGCGGGCGGGCGAACCGGAAACGUCGACGGACCGCAAGCCCACCGACGGCGGCGACGACGGGGACACCAGCAUCGCUCCUUCCAGCACCACGACACCUCCGACCACCACCCAAAAGGACACGGCGUUCUGCGGCAGCGGCCGCAUCGGCUCGAUAUCGAGCGCGUCCUCGCCCGGCCGACCGAGCCCGCCGAUUGUCCUUCAGCUCUUCUGGCUCUGUUCGAUCCUGAUCGCCCUCCCCGCGAACGCGCUGCAUUACAACGCCGUGUCCUGGAGUACCUGCGGAUCCCUCCGGCUGUUCGGUUCCGGCCUGCUCCUUUCGAGCGCGCACGUCCUCAGGAGGGUCUUCAACGAUCUUCUCAUUUCCUUCGGUUCGACCGGGAUCUGUCGGCGCGCUGCUGUGCGUUGCCUCCUGUUCGUACGCGGGAUGCCCGGACGGGCGAUGAUGAAGUGCCGCCGUCGCGGAUGGUGGUGGUGGAGGUCUUGGAGGCGGUCCAGCAGCCGGCACUUCCGCUGGAAAUUCCUCCGUCGUUCCGGCGUCGCGUCCGUCUUGCGCGACGUAUCGAUCGCCGUCCUCGAGCUGUUCCUCAAGUUCGCGGCGAGGUGUCGGUGCCGCGACUGGUGGUGGUUGUGGCGUCGGUGGCGGAGGUGCGGAUCGACCGGAGGCGGCCGGUGCACGAAGCUCGUCCCACGGCGGAGACGUCCGGUGAUUCACUGCAGAGAGGCGCAUCGACGGCGCGGGAGAAGAGGCGAUCUCACAGGGAGACUUCUCAGGAUAGACGUCGCAAGCUCGGCCAAAUCGAUAUCCAGGAAGGACCCGCCAUAGGGUGGCCGGCCUCGCUUUCCUGGAUACGCAGGAUCGGUACGGGUCUUUUUCUUCUGUCGCGGAAUAUAAUCCGCGAGAGCUUGUCUCUCCACGGUGAGCCGGAGUAGCUCAGAGAAAGCGCGCGGACUCGAUCGAAGCGAAACUCGAUCGGGGAAACGGAUCGACGUUAGCGAGAAACGUCGGGGCGUAAUACGAGGAAGUAUACGAAGGAUCGGGGGACGUGUCCCCGGGAUACUUGCACGGGUAGAAAGAACACCAGCAACUGCGAGGAGGAGUAGUAAGGCGGGAGUAGCAGAGGAGUGCGAAAGGAUUCAAGGAUCACAAGUGGAGGAGGCGCGGGGCCGGUCUCGUCGACGACUUCGGUUCCACAGACUAGAGCAAAAGAGGGAGGAAAGGGAGAACCACAAAAAACAACUUCAUCAACCACAAAAAAAAAACAACAAGAACAACCGAGAACGAAGGAAACGUAAUGUUUAGAGCUAAUAAUAAUGAUAAUAAUACAACAAUAAUGAAUAAAA